GUCGUGACCUGUCCAUACUUCUGGGCUGCGUAGCCGGUCUGGUGGCCGCGCUGCUGCUACUGACCGUGGUUCUUCUCUGCCGCCGCUGGCGCCGACGCCGGAGGAAGCCCCUGGCGGAGAAAGAGAGACGCCUGUCCGUCCGCACCGUGAAGCGCCACCCUCUGCACAGCACUGUGGGUGUGCCCGUGCAGCCAGCAGAGGUCGGUGCCGACCUCUUCCUGGAGCAGUAUGAACGUCGUCACGGUCAGAUCAAGAGUCAGGAGCUCCUGCGAGCUGCGCUCUCCCGAUCCAUGGAACAUCUGGUGCUGGAGCCGGGAGCGAAGCCGGGCUACAUGCCCACGGUAGCGCGGGAUGGGGGCGAGGAGUCCGUGUCGCCUUCUGAACAGUCCUCAAUUGCGUCCGACGAGGAGGGACAGGGCUCUCGGGCUGUGCAGGUGCGCCCUCGGCUCGAGUUCCACGUGGUCUACACGGCGGUAAACCGGUCUCUAACCGUGUGUCUGAACCGUCUGCUGAACCCGCCUCUGCGGUACCGGGACCGGCCGUUCCUGGUGCGUCUAACGGUGCUCGGUCAACAACAGGAGUCGCGACCGCUGCAGCUGGACGGUCAGCAGCAGCAGCAGCAGCAGCAGCAGGUGCUGACGUUUGCCGGCGUGGAGGCCGACUGGCUGGACCAGGGCCAGCUCAGCUGCCACCUGUACGUCAAGCGCUACAGCAACCUCACCGAGAAGCUGGUCGGCGAGGGCAGCGUCAGACUGGCGGAGCUCGGCCUGGCCUCUGGCACACCGGCCGCCUGUAACGUCAUCUUCAGCAAGCCCGGCAAAAAGAGGACGAUCCCGCUGCAGCCGAGUCACACCUCAGCCGCCGACGAGGCCGGUCUGUCUCCUCCGACCCUGGGGCAGCUGCUGCUCAGCCUGCGCUACAGCCACGCACAGGGCAGGAUGACCGUCUUCUUGCGCCGGGGGGAGAACCUGCCGGACUCGCGCGGACUGGUGAGCCCCGAGUUCUCAGUGGCCGUCAUGUUGCUGAAGGCCGGAGACGAGGUCGGCCUGCAACAGUCCCGCAGAGUGUCAGGCAGGGCGCCCGUCUGGAACCAGUCGUUCCACUUUGACAUUCCCGAGGCUGAGCUGGAUCUCCACUGGAUUCAGUGCAUUGUUAUGGCCUCCAAGAUCUACAGCAAGGACAGACGCGUGGGCUUCUGCCAGCUGGGUCCAGACACCAGCCCCAGCGGAGCCCAACACUGGGAGGAGAGCCUCAAACCCAAAAAGGACGAUACGCCAAAGUGGCAUCCGCUGCUGCCGGCCGCAGAGUAGAGACAGCUGGUGGUAGAACGGUGAACCUGUGGUUACUUGGUCGCGCGCCAGGGGUGGGUCGAUAAAUAUUGGACGUGGUCGGAGACCGCUCGACCAAAUGGAAAGGUGAACAUUGUGAAGUUGUUGUGUAAAGUAUUACUAGGUAAAUGCUG